AUGACUCUUAAUCAGACAACAAGAUUUGCAUCCAAGCUCGUCCCUAUGGACGGAAAUGCUGCUGCAGCACAUGUUGCAUACAACAUGUCUGAAGCUUCCUUCCUUUAUCCAAUUACCCCAUCUACACCAAUGGGUGACCAAUACGACAAAUGGUCAUGCGCUGGUAAAAAGAACAUUUGGGACAGAGUUCCAAUUGUUCGCGUUCUUCAAUCAGAAGCUGGCGCUGCUGGCGCAUUACACGGCGCAGCUUCCGUUGGUACAUUCACAUGCACAUUUACAGCUUCUCAGGGCCUUCUUUUAAUGAUUCCAAACAUGCUCAAGACAGCUGGUGAACUUUGGCCAACAGUUUUCCACGUUGCAGCUCGUGCUGUUUCAACACAAGCUCUCUCCAUCCAAGGCGAUCACGCAGAUGUUAUGUGUGUUAAGAACACAGGCUUCGCUAUGCUCUGCUCAUCAACAAUCCAAGAAGUCAUGGACCUUGCCGCCGUUUCUCAUAUGUCCACAGUUGACUCCGAAAUCCCAUUCGUUCACUUCUUCGAAGGCUUCAAACUCUCUCACCAGAUCGACUCCAUCGAGCCAAUCACAAAGGAGCAGAUGAAACAGUUAAUGCCAUUCGAUAAAUUAAACGAAAUCCGCAGACGCGCUCUUAACCCACAGCAUCCAAUUAUUCUCGGCCACUCACAAGGCCCAGACGCCUACUUCCAGACAGUCGAACUCGCAAACCCAUACUACGAUGCUAUUCCAAAGAUUGUUCAGAACAACUUCAACAAGCUCGCUAAGCUCACAGGCCGCCAGUACAAGCUCUUCGACUACUACGGCCAUCCAGAAGCUACAGACGUCAUCGUUUGCAUGGGUGCUGCUGCUCCAGUCAUCAAGGAGACAAUCGACUUCAUGGCCGGUGACAAGGUUGGUCUUGUUAUCCCACACCUCUUCCGCCCAUGGUCAAUGGAAGAUUUCAUCCGCGCACUUCCACCAACAGUCAAGAGAAUCUCCGUUCUUGAUCGUUCCAAGGAUCCAGCAGCUGAGGCAGAGCCACUCUUCCUCGACGUUGCUUUCACAUGCAAGCAGCUUAACCACCCAGCCAAGGUCACUGGUGGCCGCUACGGUCUUGCAUCACGUGAAUUCACACCACUCCACGCCAAGGCUGUCUUCGACAACAUGAGAAAGGAGAAGCCAAUCGAGCGCUUCACAGUCGGCAUAACAGAUGAUGUCACACACCUUUCAUUGACACCAGGCAAGCUCCCAGGCUUCGGACCAGCCAAGCGCUCCAUCCAGGCCAUCUUCUGGGGCCUCGGUGGUGAUGGCACAAUCGGCGCCAACAAGGCCGCUAUCAAGGCAGCCAUUGACGUCAUGGGAAUGCACGCACAGGGCAACUUCUCAUACUCCGCAGAUAAGUCAAACUCACUCACACGUUCAUACCUCAGAUUCGACUCCAAGCCAAUUACAGCCCAAUAUACAAUCCUCGAAGCACAGUUCGUCGGCUGCACAUUACCAGCCUACGUUACAAAGUACCCAAUGGCCGACAAGCUCGCUCCAAACGGCUCAUUCUUCUUGAACUGCCCAUGGGACACAGUCGAACUCCUCGAGAAGAACCUUCCAGCCAAGUUCCGCCGCCAGCUCGCAAAGAAGAACGCCAGACUCUUCGUCUGCGAUGCUACAGCUGUCGCUGAGAAGUGCGGCAUGCACGGCAAGAUCUCCACAAUUGUCCAGGCCUGCUUCUACCAGCUCUCCGGCCUUCUUGGCGAGGACUGGCUCAAGGUCACAGACAAGUGGAUCGAGAAGGAGUUCUCCAGACUCGGCGAGAAAGUUGUCAACAACAACAAGUUGUCUGCAAGAGAAGGUGUCAAGGCUCUCAAGGAGAUCAAAAUCCCAGCAUCAUGGGCCGAAGCAGUUGAUGCUCCAGGCGCAUUCAAGGACCAUAACUUCAUCUCAUUCCUUGAAGAGAAGACACACGAGAAGCCAAAGGUUGUCUCCGAUGUCAUCGAGCCAUGCGUUGCCACAGCCGGCGCUGGCCUUCCAGUUUCUGCAUUCCAGCCAUGCCUUGGUGGUGUUUCUCCACUCGGCACAUGCUCAUGGCUCAAGAAGGGUCUCAGCCCAAGAAUGCCAUUGUGGGACGAGAAGAAGUGCAUCCAGUGCAACAUGUGCGGUGCUACAUGCCCACACUCUGUCAUCCGCCCAUACUUACUCGACCAGCAAGAGGUCAAGAACAUCCCGAAGGAGUUGAAGGACCUCUCAUUACUCGACGCAAAGGGUGCUGAUGUCAAGGGAUUCAAGUACAGGAUCGAAGUUUCUCCAUACGACUGCGUUGGCUGCGAGUUGUGCGUCAACCACUGCCCAGCUGGAGCUCUCUCCAUGACAGAGAUCCGCUCUGAGAAGGGCAUGAAGCGCGCUACACACCACAACGACAUGUUCAUCUGGCUCAACGACAAGUGCAAGAACCACGGCGAUGUCAUCAAGAACAAGUUCAACAUCCGUGGCUCACAGUUCCAGAAGCCAAUGAUCGAGUUCCCAGGCUCAUGCGAGGGCUGCUCCGAGACAAUGAUCACAAAGAUCAUCACACAGCUCUUCGGCAAGAGAAUGGUCAUCGCCAACACAUCCGGCUGCUCAUCAGUUUGGGGCGGUGCCUUCCCACGUAUUCCAUUCAUCACAGACGAGAACGGCCGCGGUCCAGCUUGGGCACGUUCUCUCUUCGAAGAUAACGCUGAAUUCGGCUACGGCCAGGCUGUCGGCAUGGAGUUACGCCGUUGCCACCUCAAGGACGAUGUCGACGACUUCCUCAAGGACCAGAAGAAGUGCGCUAAGGUCUCUAAGGAACUUGUCGACCUCCUCAAGAAGUGGAGCGAUAAGUGGCUCGAUGGUGAUAAGUCCCUCAGAUUAGAACAGCCAAUCCUCAAGGCAAUCAAGGAGAACAUGAACGACGACCUCAAGAGAAUCGUCGAGAACAACGAUCUCUGGGUCAAGCCAUCCAACUGGAUCCUCGGUGGUGAUGGCUGGGCAUACGAUAUCGGCUUCGGCGGCUUAGACCACAUCAUGGCUUCCGGCAAGAACUUCAACGUCCUUGUCUUCGAUAACGAAGUCUACUCCAACACAGGCGGCCAGCAGUCCAAGGCCACAAACAUCGGCGCUGUUGCACAGUUCGCAGCAAACGGCAAGGACACACCAAAGAAGGACCUCGCCUGGAUGAUGAUGAACUACGGCAACUGCUACGUCGCACAGUGCGCAUUCGGCAACCAGAAGGAGAUGAACCACUUCAUCAAGUGCCUCAAGGAAGCCGAAGAUUUCAACGGACCAUCCCUCAUCGUCUGCUACUGCAACUGCAUCUUGCACCACAUCCGCGGCGCUCUCGGUGCUGGCGGUAAGGGAGGCAUCACUGCUCAGCGCCUCGCCGUCGACUCCGGCUACUGGCCACUCUUCUCUUACGAUCCACGUAGAGAGAAGGAAGGAAAGAACCCAAUCGAGAUGUUCUCAAGAACACCAGAUGAGAAGAAGCUUGACGAAUUCCUCGAUAUGCAGGUCAGAUACAACCAGCUUAAGAGACAGCACCCAGAGGAGUUCACAAAGAUGAGAUCUGAACUCCAUAAGCAAGUAGUCCGUAGAUACCAGAAGUAUGUCAACCUUGCACGUGUUUUUGAAACAAAGUGA